GCAUGGAGUGAAACAGCUUUUUCUCAAAUGAAACUACUUUUCCCAGUAGCUCUUGGUGUAUAACCUCUGACCUGUCGUAGACCGGAGAAGUGUGUUCAAUUUUUCUUGAUAAACAACGUCUACGGAUACUAGGUAGCCUAGUAGGUGGGAGGAGAAAAACUGAUGCAGUAGAUUCCUGGCCGAUAGUCAUAUAGAGAAGAUAGAAGAUGCUUCGCAGGAAGCCCACUCGCCUGGAGCUGAAGCUGGAUGACACGGAGGAGUUUGAGAGUGUAAAGAAAGAGCUGGAGAGCCGAAAAAAACAAAAAGACGAAGUAGAUGUUGUCGGUGUUGCUACGUCCAGCGAGAUGGCAGGAGCAACGGGCGGAGGGGACAUAAAGUCAAGGGAGCAGAUGAUUCAUGAACGCAUCGGCUAUAAACCCCACCCAAAACCCAACACCUUGCCGUCUCUGUUUGGUAACCUGCAGUUUUAGAAUCCAUCCAUUCAGGGAUCUAAAGGGAUAAAACCAGGAGAAAAAAACUAAUGUUUGCCAGAAUUGGUGUGAGUGACACAUCAUGGCAUGGAUACUCCUGGAGAGUUCUGUUCUGACACUCUAGUCCCUUAUUGAAUUAGGGUCUUGUUUUAACGCCAGAUAACUCAUUUGUGAAUCAUCAGCAAUGCGAGGAUUAGGCUACCUUUCUGUGGCCAGAACACACACACACCAUGUGAACAAGUUGUCUGUGUGAAAUGCUUUGCUGUGUGGUGAAAUUAUUUUCGUACUGAAUGGUAUUUUGUACAAUACACUUUUGUUUGAUGGAUAAGAGAAAACAA